AUGAAACACGAUGACAACGAAAUAAACGACUUUUUUUGUAACCUUUCUAAUGUAAUAGACGAAAAUGAUGUUAAUAAAAUUGUGAAAAAGAAAAAAACAAAGAUGGAAAAAAAAAAGGAAAAACGAGAAAUAUUAAAAGAAAAACGUAAAAAAAAUAGACCAGAAGAAAAGAAAAAAAAAAAAUAUAAAAAAAGAACUGAAUUGUUAAAAAUAUUAGAGGGAUUAAAUGAGGAAGAACAAAUAACAUUUUUAAAAGAAAGAAAAUUAUUACAAAAAAAAAAAAAAGAAGAAAAAAAAAUUUUUUUAGAGAAAUGCUAUAAUGAAGGAUAUAAAAUAUGUUUUAAUUGCAGCUUUUUAAAUUUUAUGGGGGAAAAAGAAAUAUCAAGUUUAGCUAAACAAAUUUUUCUUUCUUAUCAUUAUAUGAUUAAAAAUAAAGUUCCUAUACAAUUUCAUUUUUCUCAUUUAAAAAAUGAUGAUUUUUUAUUUUUACAAUUACAACAAAAAUAUUCUUUAAAAACAUGGAAAGUCCAUAUAAAUCCAAAAAAUUAUUGGGAAUUUUUUGAAAAAAAUAAAAUUGUAGUUCUAUCUCCUGAUGCAACAGAAGAAUUAACUGAAUUAAAUAAAGACGAGGUGUAUAUAAUAUCUGCACUUGUUGACCGAAGUAUUUCAAAGAAUUUAUCCUUUUAUCAGGCUUCUUUGCAAAAUGUAGUAACGAAAAAAUUGCCUUUAGAGAAAUACAUCAAGAAGAAAAAAAGCAACGUUCUCAAUGUCAAUACUGUAGUCGAAAUUUUGAUAACUUAUUUGCAAAUUAGAAACUGGAAAAAAGUUUUUGAAAAAUGUUUGCCACAAAAAAAAGUUUUAUGUUUUUUUGACGAAUAG